CUGUACAAAAAGCAGUAUAAAUUGUACUAGAAAGUUCGCCUAAUUCACAUGUACCUCUCAACACAAUAACAAAUAUUGGCAGUAUAAUUAAAAAAUUCAGCACUGUCUCGAAUUGUUUCUUCAGUCCAUCGACUUUCGUUCUCUUCUUUAAAGUAUCUCUCCCAAAAUAUUUUCCUUCUCUUUUGUUUCUUAAUCUGUGCCUCUGUAUUUGCUUAUUUUUGUGUUUUCCCCUUUCGUUUUAUGUGUUAAUGCUUGAUUUGAUUUCGUGUCCAUAUUUGGUUAUGUAUCUAUGUAUCUGUUUCUGUAAAAUUGAGCUUUGUGUUUUGGGUGUCAUCAAAAUUAGGCAAACAGGAGAAGGCGGUAUGAUCGAAUGGUUCAAAUAGAGAUUCCGACAUUGAUAUUCCUCCUAGGGUGUCCUAUAACAUAUCAGCUAUCUUCCAGGAAUCCAAAAGGUAAAGCUGCAAAGAUUUAACACCUCUUAUCAAAUGCAAUUGUAACCGUUCUUAUUUCGUAUAAGGUUCUGAUAUAUUCGUCAAAGACUAAAAAGGAAAAGAAGCUCAUCACGGAAAAACUUAAGCAGUAUAAUACAGAUUUCCUCUCUCUUCAAAAUCUCUCUCGGCGCACGUUAGCGUGGACCAGAUAACGUGCGGUUGGAAGCCAUGGGAGGGAGAGGCAGACCUAAGAAAAAUCACCAACGAAAUGCGGUGGUGGAACAACGAUCAUCGGAAACUAGGAAAGCAGUACUUGAGUUAUUUGUAUCACCAAAAGGAGCUCGAAUUGAAGACCAAGCUGGAAAUCUCACUCCAAGGAGCAUGCAGAGUGAGAUAAGCAAAGGGGAAACAGAACCAUCGGGAAGUAGGGACAAAUUGAAGAUGAUUGCAGUUACACCUGCAACUAGUCAAGCUUCAGGAAGUGGAUCUGGGAAUGGGAAAGCUCAAGAGCAAGCCAGGAAGACCAGCAGCAAUGGAACAGUACCAUGCAAUAGUGGUACUGUUGAGAACAACAAAAAUGAUGAACCUAGGGAAGUCAAAUCGAAUCAAUCAUGGGCAAACGUGGUCGCAGGAAAUAAACUUGCUAUGAAAGGUAUGAACCUGCAAUUUGUGGCACCAGUAGUUCAAAAUGGAGAGAAAAUAGCAAAACUAGAAGUUGAGGAUGUUGAGCAGGAGAAUGAAAAAUGGAGAUCUGCAAUUGUUCUGUACGUGAUAGGGGAUUCACCUACCAUUGGAGCUAUGGAAAGGUUUCUUAGCUCAGUGGGCAAGUUCUCAAGGAAACCACAGAUUUACUACCAUAACGAGGGAUAUUUUGUAAUUAGAUUCAGCAAUCUGGAGGAAAGGGAUCAAAUACUGUAUUCUGGGCCUCAUACAGUGAAUAAUAAGCUUGUAAUUAUGAAGGCAUGGACCGAAGAUUUCAAUAUUCAUGACGAGGUGUUGAAGACUAUUCCAUUAUGGGUAAGGUUUCCUAAUCUGCCACUUAAUUGCUGGAGCAUGAAAGCUCUAUGCAAGAUAGGAAGUACUCUGGGGAACCCAAUGUGUCACGACCCAAACCGAUGGGCCGCGACGGGCACCCGGUACCUUACUUAACCGAGUACCAACGUAAUGUAUCUUUCUUAUUACAUCAUCAUAUACACGUGACAUACAGACCCAAUAGGCUAACAUAAUCA